UUUAUAUAAAAUAUCAAUGCAAACAUAAAAGAUAGUUAUGGACCCAUUUUGUUAUCGAUAGUUUGAAAAGUAUGCUAGCUAACAAAUUAUUUAUGACAGAGAUAAAUUUAUUGAACAGGUAAAUGAAUAAUACAGGGUUGAAGAAUUAAGGGAUGGGUAGAUAAAAUAGUUUAUUUUAGUUAUGCUCCAUUUUGUAAACAUUUGUUUCUUGAAAAUUUUACAGAGACACCAAACUAUACAUUAGAAAUAAAAAAAGAAAAUGAGCAUUUAAUUAGGACAGCAUAUAAAGCAAGAAAUGAAAAUGAAGUAUCGAUUAUUAUUGAAAUGAUAAGUUGCCUUUUUUAGCAAGGUUUAUCCCAAUAGAGUCUAUUCAAUUGCAAAAAGCAAAAUAUUUAGACAUAAUCCUCUACUCAAAAGAAUAUUUCACUUCAAGAAAUUAAUAACGAGGACUCGAGGAUAUUAAUGGAGCAAUUGAUUAUGAUUAUGGCAUCAUAGGUAUAAAACCACAAGAUGGAACAGACUAAACACCAAUGCCGCCAAUGACAUGUGUGAGAAACGCCUUAGGACAAAAGUUUGGAGGAUCAGGAUUUGAGCUGAACAAAGAAGAGUAUUUAAAUUGUGUAGAAUAUUGGUCGAAACAUAUAUAUGCUGAACAUUUAUGUUCCCCCCUAUUUUGAAAAAAU